CGAACCCUAUAAAAUUUCUCAAAGCCCCUAAUUCGUAUCCCCCAGAAUUUUUGUUGGAAAUUCACCCAAAAUUCGAAAGCAUGAAUUUGUUGAGGCAGAAUUCUGUCAACAGGCUUCAAAACCUAAGAAAUUUACUCGCCGCCGCUCCAUCUUCUUCGAUAGGUGCGAUCUCCACCGCGCCUCCGCCGGUUCUUCGUCAGCUCCCUCACCCGUUCUUCGUCACUGUCCGACACAUCACCCUGUCACGCGACCCUAGCACCAGGUAUGACAUUACGCCACCGGUGAAUUGGGGUAUCCGUGUUGUGCCCCUCCACAAGGCUUAUGUUAUUGAACGAUUUGGGAAGUACUUAAAGACAUUGACUCAAGGAACCCAUUUUUUGAUUCCGUUUGUUGAUAGAAUUGCUUAUGAGCAUUGUGUGCUAGAAGAGAUUGUGGACCCUAAGUUGGCAUCUUAUGGAGUUAAGAAUCCACUGUAUGCUGCGGUUGAGCUUGCACAGACAACUAUGCAAAAUGAGAUUGGUCAGAUCACUUUCAUGCAGGCUAUUGGGACAAGGGUGGCACUUAAUAAAAAGAUAGAGAUAGCCAUUAAUGAAGCUGGAGAACGUUGGGGCUUAAAGUGUAUGCGUUAUACAACAAAGGAUAUAGCUAUUCCGGAUGAACUAAGCGCAGCAAUGCAGAAGAAGGCUGUAUCAAAGCUAAUAAGGAGCGCUUAUGCGUAUGAAUUUAAAGCAAUGCAGGCAGAAAUUGAUCUGGGAAAUGCAAGAAAGGAGGCAGCGAAAAAUAUAUCAGAAGCUAUGCAGCAGUACAAAGAUUACCUAGCUGAAGAUCUAGAAACUAUCUACGCUAAAGCACGUGCAAUAGCGAAUAAAGCAUGUGCAACAGCGAAAGAACUUGAUGUGGUUCUGCCGUUCCUCGAGGAAACUGGGGAUGUGAAUGCUGGUAAUUUAAAAAUUAUUGAGCAAUAUAUCGAUUCCUUCAGCGAUAUUCCAAAAGAGGGAACAACUCCUUCAAGUGCUCCGAAUGAACCUGUUUUCAUGCUUCAAAGCCCAAAAGACAAACAAUGAGGAGAACGCGUGUCGUUAUCUUGUUCUUGUAACUAUGAGUUUUUUUUUUUUGUUUCACUUAGAUAUUGAAAAAAAAAACCAACCAAUGACGAAGGUAGACGCGGUACAUGGUACUUUUUAGGGUAGGAAUAGGACAUACACAGUAUAUAUAUAGAUGGAGAUUAGGUGGUGAAGUUUGUAUGGUGUUUUGGCGAAAGAAUAAUCUUUAGUCAGAAUACGAGAAUACAUGAUUAAACGUAGCUGAUUUUUUAUUUGAAUUGACUUGGUUCUGAA